UGCGCUUCAGUCCCACUAUGGCGUCUCAUCAAAUCAGGAUGGUCUUUUUCUACAGCCUUCUGUACUGGAAUUUAUCUGUCGCCGACUGGUAUCUUACAUCUGGAUUUCUGUGCUGAAAGGCGUCAAAUGUAGGCGAAAUGAAGGACGAGAAAAGCACAGUGCGGUCGCUCCAGAGCGCCGACACGGAGCGGAGAAAUGCAGCCGAUGUGGAGGAUGGCCAGGUGGGCAGCGGAGCGCCGCUGAUCCCGGUGCUGCAUGAAGCACCGACAGCCCGAGCGGGAACGGGAAUACGCGUUUUAAAGCGUAACAUGAAGAGGAACGGCAGUCGAGGCUGUGUGACGCGGAAGACGCGCUUCGGCUCUCGAGAGCGAGACUGGCUGAAGGGCGACGCUCAGCGAGGCUGUGUGUGUCUCUACGGGGCCUCGGAGCCUCAGCCUCCAGCCUCGGGUCCCCAGACCUCCACCAGCGCCCAGCCGGACCUGAAGCUGGUGCUCUGCUCCACCAACACCACCGCCGAGGAGCUGUGCGCUCAGAGAGAAGUGCAGGGCCUCUACCUGCAGCUGCACGGAGACUUAAUCAGGAGGCUGGACCCCUCCGAGCGUCCUCUUCAGAUGGUCUACGACUACCUGACUGCUAUGGGCUAUGAAGACCCGCUCCGUGUCCAGCAGGAAGCCGCCAACUCCGACCUCAGCUGCAUGAUCCGCUUCUACAGUGAGAAACCGGUGAACGCAGACCAGCAGGAGCGGACUCUUCUGAAAGGCGUGUUCAGCGUCAGGAAGGGAAAGACGCAGCUCCAUAAAUGGGCCGAGCGGCAGGUCAUCCUGUGCGGGACGAGUCUCAUCGUUGCCUCUGUCAAGGACAGCCUGACCGGCAAGAUGCACAUACUACCCCUGGUCGGGGGGAAGGUGGAGGAGGUGAAGCGGAGGCAGCACUGUCUGAUGUUCAGCUCCGCCGGACCGCAGGCUCAGACCUACUACGUUAACUUUGACACGCUGACCGACUACCAGCGCUGGCAGCGGCAGGCUUCUAAAGUGGUGUCUCAGACUAUCAGUCUGGUGGAUUUGUCCUGCUACAGUCUGGAGGAAGUGCCUGAGUAUCUCUUCUACUGCCAGGACGUCACACACCUCAACCUGCGCCACAACUUCAUGAGUCUGGACGGCCCUGGAGGACUCAUCAACUUCAGCAGAUUUGCCCAGCUGAGGAGCUUAAAUCUCUCUCACAAUGGGCUGGGCGUCUUCCCGGAGUCGCUGUGUGAGAUCCAGACACUGACGGAGCUCUAUCUGUCCUGCAACGGCCUCAGUGCUGUCCCGUCCCACCUCGAAAACCUCCAGAGCUUACAGACGCUGUGUUUGGAUGGGAAUCGCUUGGAUUCUCUUCCGGAGGAGCUGGGCAGCCUCGCGCAGCUCUGCAGCUUGGGACUCUCCUUCAAUGACUUCCCUCACGUCCCCGGCGUGGUGGAGCGCCUCUGUGCCCUGGACAAGCUGGCGAUGGCGGGGAACCAGGUGGAGACUCUGGAUCUGUUCAGCCUGCUACGAAUGACUCACAUUAAGAGUAUUGAUUUACGGUUAAAUGGCCUCCGCUGUGUUAAAAGCGAAACUCUGGAGCCGGUAAAACAUCUCACCCAGCUGGACCUGCGAGACAACCAGCUGACGUCUCUGGACCUGAGCUCGGCCUGCAGUCUGGAGACCCUGCAGUGCCAGAGGAACCAGCUGGGGGCCCUGACUCUCAGCGGCUUCACCCUGCGCACACUCCACGCCAGUGACAACCGUCUGACCACGGUGAACAUCUACCCUGUUCCCAGCCAACUCACAAAUAUGGACCUAUCAAGGAAUCUCCUGGAAUACCUGCCAGACUGGGUCUGUGACAGCAGGAAGAUUGAGGUGCUGGAUGUCUCCCAUAAUCUGCUGUCUGAGCUCCCGGCCAGACUUCUUAGCAGUCUGAGUCUGCGUAAACUGCUGGCUGGUAACAACAGGCUGGAGAGACUGGCUGACCUGCUCGACCACAUCCCACUGGAAACACUCGACCUGCAGCACAACAAGUUGCGGGAACUGCCAGAGAGCUUCUUCUACAAAGCCUUAAAUUUAAAGUAUUUGAAUGUGUCUGCCAAUGCGCUGGAGACGAUCCCUCCGAGCAGCCAAUCAGAGGAGAGCCUCAGCACCCUGCAGGAGCUCUAUCUCACAGGAAACAACCUGAAUGAGAACUGCGCUGCUCUACUGGUGGGGCAUCAGAACCUGCGGGUCUUGCAUAUGGCUUAUAACCAACUGCAGUCCUUCCCUGCUAGCAAGCUCAGUAAACUGGAGGUCCUGGAGGAACUGAAUCUGAGUGGGAACAAGCUGAAAACGAUCCCCUCCACCGUGUCCAGCUGCAAGAGACUGCACACGCUCAUCGCCCACUCCAACCAUAUCAGCGUGUUCCCAGAGGUCCUCAGCCUCCCCGAGAUCAAGCUAGUAGAUGUGAGCUGUAAUGAGCAGACAGAAAUCCUGUUGCCGGACUCUCUGCCUUCAACCCUACAAGAGCUGGAUCUGACCGGCAACAGCAGCCUCAUGUUAGAGCACAAAACGCUCAACCUCUUCAGUCACAUCAGUACUUUGAAGCUGGACCAGAAGCCAGCCGUGACCGCAGGAGACGCACAGGGCACGUCCACCCUGUGGGAUCAUGGUUACGCUGAGAUGUGUGGGCAAAGGAACAAGAAACUUGGCAUGGCAGGCCAGAAGCUCGGUGCCUCUGCUCUGCUCUGUUACAUCCAUCACGAGUCCUCCGAGCCUGGCCGCUACUUCAGCCUCACUGUGGCCAACGUAGGCACCUGCCAGGCUGUACUGUGUCGUGAUGGGCAACCUCUUGCCCUCUCAAAGGUUUUCAGCCUAGAACAAAGCGCUGAGGAGAUGGAGCGUGUCAAACUGGCAAAAGCUAUUAUCACUGAGGAUAACAAGGUGAGUGGGGUGACAUGCUGCUCACGGUUACUUGGCUGUUCCUACCUGUUUCCUUGGGUGCUUCCCAAACCCUGUGUGCACACAGAGCCUCUGUGUUCCCAGGAUGAGUUCCUGAUCCUAGGAAACAAAGCACUCUUCCAGAAGGUUUCCUACCAGGAGGCAGUGAGCACUGUGCUGGCUGUCAGAGACCCCCGCGCUGCUGCCAAAAAGCUCUGCACGCUGGCACAAAGCUAUGGGUGCCGGGAUAACGUGGGAGCAGUGGUGGUAGCUUUGCAUAUCGGAGAAGACAGCUGUACUUGUGAGCCUCCUCUCUCGAACGCAGAAGCCCGAGGACCACCUUUACCGAUCUCCGUGUCCCCUGGUGAUCCAGCCACGCCGUCAUCUAGCAGUGGCAUCGCCUCGGAGUUCAACAGCGAGAUGUCUGCUUCGGAAGUUGGCAGCGAGGCUGGGUCCACAGCUUCGGACGAGCACCCCUCUUCGGGACCAACGGCUCGUCCAGAGCGCCGCUGUAGUUUGCAUCCCACUGCUACCUUGUGUAACACAGGGCCAGUGGCGAGCUUGGGGCCAGGGGCGCACCCGGCUCUAUUCCAGCGGCAGCCUUCCAGCGCAACCUUCUCAAGCAACCAAUCGGACAAUGGACUGGACAGCGACGACGAGGCUCCUUUAGAAGGCGUCAUCUCAAACGGGAGCAAGCUUGAGGUGGAAGUGGACAUCCAUUGCUGCGCUUUUCAGCUGCGCUCCGGACCACCGGAAAGUCCCAAGGACCUGGACGGCCGGCAUGAUUCGAGGGGCUCGGAUUAUCCCAACAGCAAAAUGCGGCGGCAAAACAGCGUGGUGGUUUCAGCCACCAACGGCUGCCUGCUGGCUGUAUGUGGCCGAGAGAUCUCAGAUCUGAAGAAGUCUCCUUCAACCUCUAGUCUCUUCGGGAAGAAGCAGUCUAAUGGCUCCAUAGUGGCUCUCGAGGACAGCCACAAUAUUAUUGAGGUAGCACUGGAGGCCCCAAAAAAGAAGUCAGGAUAUUUCGCCGCACCAGCCCAGCAAGACCCGGAAGACCAGUUAAUUAUUCCACCCAGUCUGGAGCAAGAUGUGCGGGAGCAGCUGAGAGGCCAGAGCCCGGUGGUUCCCGGGCCGCCGCCGGCUCCUUCAACACUGCCCUCAGCGAGAGACCCCAACUGGGACCAUCCUCAGCCCACUGUCCCCCGUCUCCACCCCACCACCGUCCUGCAACAGGACGUCUACGACACAGCUCUAUAGUUGGUGCAAGAGGACCGCACCAUUGGAGCAUCUCCGCAUCAUAGUGCCACAUCAAAGAGGCUAGCACACUCAAGAUAAUCCAGUUCUUAUUUAGCGCCAUCAUCACGUGUAGGUCCAUGCAUGUGCGUUCUUGGGCUGAUCUGAGUCAAGAACGGAUGGAUGGAAAUGGGUGGAAAUGUCAGGACCGAUGAAAUCUUGAAGAUUGUGGAAAUACAUGGGCUAUUCCUGACCAAAAACCACAGCAUGGAGCUGGAGUACCUCAUACAUCACCAUGCGCGAGUUCAUUUCGACAUUCGCCCUUUAUAUCAAAGGUCACAGGCUUACGUAGACUUCGAUGAUCACAUUUGCCUUCUUGAGGAAAGAUACUAUCAAGCUAAACUGAGACCAAAAGAUGUGAAAAGUGCCUCUUGGAGAUGGUUGAGGUUCAGAGAGCCUUUACUGUUCUGGUGUAAGUGCAGUGUUGUUCUACCUUCCCAUAGUGGCGACUAGUCGGUAAUCUGCACUUUUGAAGUCUGUGAGGAAUAUUUCAGACGGAUUUCUUCCCCAUCUGACCUGCUGGAAACAUCCCGCUCCAUUUCAUGGAAAGGAGUGGUGGUUGUUGUGGAAAGAUGUGUUGUUGAAAAAGACCAGAACGUUCUCCGCCGCUCCAGAUCUCCUCUCUUGUAUGCAUACAGGUUCUCCCAGACAAAGCCAUGGGGGUCUCUGGGACCCUCUGCACAAUAGAAGAGUACAAUGAACCCAACGUAACAUUCAAACCCUAGAGAGGGAAUCGGUCUAGUGAUGGAGGUCAGAGUGAGAUGGAGACAGAAACUACAUCCAAUGCUCAGUGGAAGCAUCGCCACACCUUUAAGGUCAUUUGGGGAGCAAAAAGACCUCACAACCUCUCGGGUUGUUUAGAGUACUUGAAGUUUCGAGUGUGCCAUGACUACAUGACAGAGCCCAUGCUAUACAGCCUUGGGCCGUGAAUACGUCAUUGGGUCUUUGUAGUAGUGCGGUUUUGCUGUUGAUCUGAGUGAGGUUGGGAUAUUUUCUCAUUAUCUCAUAAUCAAGGAAAAAAUGAUCAGCCGACAUUUAGUUUUUUUUUUUGUAUGAGAGGUACUGGGUAUAUGAUUUAUGUAUUGUGCAGUGUGUGUGUGGGUAUGUGUGCUCUAUUUUAGCCAUGCAUGGUCCGUAUAAGGAAACAGGCUGGUUUGAGUUUGUUUUUUAUUUGAAUCAGGAGACCUGAGGAAAGAGACUAUAUUGGGUCAUUUGAGUUGGUCAUUGCCACGAUCACAGUGUCAGGGAAUUCUGAGCAGUAAAACACUGUGCUCACGGUUUGAGGAGACAUCUAGUGGUGUUUAUUGGAAACAAUAAUGUUGUUUUUUCAGGGUUUUCCCUGGAAUUAAGUUAUUUUUA